AUGUGCCGAGAACUUCCACUAAAAGUAAUAAAACUUAUAUUUGUCCAUGUUCGUUCUCCAAAUUAUGAGAGUUGCUUGCAUCCUUUUCUUAACGCUGGGAGGUCUAAAGUACAACAGCUUCAAACAGCAACUAGAGCGUCGCUUCCCAGGGAAACUCGAAAUCGAACGCCUCAGACAACCGGCUGGUUUGAAGUUCAAGUAAUAGGUGGACCACUCUUACAUUCAAAAAAAAACGGUGACGGAUUCGUGGACAGCAAAAAGUUGGAACGUAUCUGUAACGCCAUCAGGGACCUGUUGUAA